AUGUCGUCUUAUAUUUACAGAGAGCGCGAGCGCGAGCAGGACUGGGACGAACCGCGUUCGUCCUCUGUCUCCGUGAAGCGUUACGUCAUACCUCCAGAGGAUCGUGAGCGAGACUACAUCUAUCGACACGAGGAUCCAAUUGUUGGUGAUCGAGAACUAGUAAUUCGUCGUACCACUGAACGAGAAGAGCCCGUUAUGAUCCAGCGUUACGAGCGUGAGGCGGACUACGACUCGCGCCUUGAUGACUAUCGCUCCGAGAGGGAUUACUAUGAACGCCAGCCAGUAAUCAUUCAAGAAGCUCGAGGUCCCGUCUAUAUCAACCCCCGUGAGUCCGACUACGAAAUCGUCCAUCGUUCCGAGGUGGAUCGAGACCCCGCCUAUUACUAUCAUCGCCGGAUUCGAGAAUACGACAACGACGACCGGCGAUUCCGCCGGGAGCUCAGCCCCAGUGAUUCCGUCUCUCAAGCCACUCGUCGUCGCAAUGACCAAGACUACAGCAGCGAUGACAGCAUGGUAUAUAUACGCAAAGAAACUACUGAACAUGACGACCAUCACCACCGCCAUCUCGCUGAGGGCGCUCUAGUCGGCGUUGGUGCCGCAGAAUUUCUCCGCCGCCGCCGAAAGAAAAGCGGCGAAGAAGUCUCGGGUGGCCUUGGUCGCCUGGGGCGAGAUGUAGGCGCUGGUGCCUUGGGUGCUGUUGCAGUUGAAACGGUAUCAAAGGUAAAGGACUACUACCGCAGCAAAAGUCGGCAUCGUUCUCAUUCGUUUGACGAUGAUCGAAGCUCCCGUCACCACCAUCGUCGUCACUACAGCCACAGCCGCCCUCGCCGGAGCAGGAGCCGGAGCCGUUCUCACUCCCACUCUCGUGCCAAGACAUUUGCAGAGAUCGGGCUGGGAGCUGCUGCCAUAGAUUCUAGUGAUAAUAAACGUAGCCAAUCGCAGCGUCGAAAGCAUAUGGCGGAGGCCGGUUUAGCAGGUGCAGCAGUUGCCGGUCUGGUGGAGAGGACUCGAAGCCAUUCACGCUCCCGGAAAGGGUCGCGGUCUCGGUCUCGGUCCAAGAGCACAUUCAGAAAAGCUCUCCCCGUUGUCGCCGCAGGCUUGGGAACUGCUGUCGCUACGGGCCUUUAUGAAAAGAACAAGGAAAAGAGGGAAUCAGAGGAGGAAUCACGUCGCAGGGAGCGUCGUCGUUCCAGGUCUCGAAGCCGCCCUCCUUCUGAAAUAUAUCCGGAUCCUACAAGAGACUCUGCGGGCUUAAUUGAAUACGGUGAGCAUCCGGUACCCGGGAUCAUCCCUGCUGCCAAUUACUACGGCCGUCCUGCCAGCUCCCAGGGCUACAUCUCGGACGCCUCAGACAAAGUCUCCAGCGGCAGACAUCGGGGCCGCAGUCGCAGUCGCAGUCGCGGUCGCGGUCACAGUCGCAGCCGUAGUCGAGCCCGGUUCAGCAGCAGCUCCCCCGAUUCGACUGAGGGCGGCCGCCACAAGAGUCGUCAUAGGCACCGCAGUCGAUCUCAUGAUCUAGCUGGGGCGGCGUUGGCUGCUACGGGUGUUGGGUACGCAGCUCACAGAUACUCGCAGCAUAAGGACCGCCAGGCGGCAGAGAAUGAGAGGGAAAGGCAAAGGUUCAAAGAUGAGGGACGGCCAGCCCCGUAUGAUGAGCCAUACAACUCUGAACCUUAUCCGCCUUCUCCCGCCCCAGGCCAACCCGUAGAUAGUAGUCAAUACAAACCCGGCAACUACUACCCUCCUCCCCCUGGCUCAGCGCCGGCCCUCGUGGCCAGCGGCCCAGCACCGUAUAUCCCAGCUGAUUAUGCACCUCCACCAAAUGUCCCUGCUCCUGCUCCUCCCCAGCAGCAGUACUAUCCCCCGCCUCCCGCUGGCCCGAAUACCUACGCGCCUCAGUCCCGGGCGGUAGAUGAGAAUGUAAGUCUUGCAAAAAAUCUUUCCUCUCCAAACGCACGAUGCUUAGGGGAUCCAUCUCGACUGGCAAUGCCGUGGGCAGGAGGACAAGCGCGUUCUAGAAGUGAACCACACCGGUCAAAGUCUGUUGCCUUCGAUGUUGGCUCCCAGAGUAAUCAUCAGGUAGAUCCGGGCUAUGAAACCGACGAUAGUGACUCUACUGUGGAGGCGAUGGAUGAGGGUCGUCAUCGCCGUUCUAGCCAUCGUUGUCAUUUUUCUUCGGACCCAUAUUCGUCAAGGCAUAGCUCUGUGCGGGGGGGGCAUCAUGGGAGAGGAAGUGGACUUGAGUCAGAUUCUGAUGCGACCAUUGACCUUCCCGAUCGGUUCGACCGUGAUGGUCGACUUCUACCUCAGCCAGGAGAUGGCCCACUUGCCGAUAGAAUUGAGGAUUUCCUGCGAAAGAUUAAUGGAGGGUUUGUGUAG